UUGAAGUGGGCGCGCCUGCGAGAGGCUCACAGACUAGUCAGCGAGUCCCGCCAAAACGAGUCUUAAGGCCCUGAAGGUUUGUUGUUGUGGGGAUUUUGGCGGGAGAGGCGAGCGAGAGAGAGACAGGGUGCAGAGUAGUGGUGGAUUUGCCAUUUGAUUUGCAGGAGUUUGGUCUUGGCAGUGUGCUGUGGGACGUCAGUGAGGUGGCACCGUAGCAGAUACUGUGAACUAGGAGGCUGCAGUGAGGAACUUGCUGUCCCUGGCUGUUAUGGUGUUAGUACCGCCGUGCAUGGAGGAAGAGCUGCAGUACUUCAGGGUAGUGGUAGUGGCGUACCGUACUUCAGCGCGUUGGGUCGGUGUGCGGUUGGGCCUAUAGGGUGUGAGGGUCCUGGGGGUACUGGUUAGGGUGGGACUGUCAGUGGCAUAUAACAUUUCUUGUGUUGGUGCGUGAAGUGUUUAUUUCUCCUGUUUAUUUGUAUGUGGAUUUACCCAUUUUCUCAUGGGAUCAGGUAUUUUGGAGUGCCAGCAGUGUGGCCUCUAAGAGUGUUAAGCACUCAUAUUUUAUUUGUGUUUUCUUUAUUAUGUACUCAUUUGUGUUUUCUUUAUUAUGUAUUCAACCAUUAAAUUUUUAAAUUGUGGCCCAGGUUUCUGUGAACCUAAGCAGGAGGUUUAAAUUAAUCAGUGGGUUCUUGUGGUGAGUGCUUGGUGAGCCUAAUUAAGGUAGGUUAACUGUGCCCUAGUUUUGCACUCAUUACAAUUGGUAGCAGAGCGUAGUUUUAUGCCCUUUUGGGGAAAUUGUUUCAAACUCCUGCUUGGGUCCAGUGCUUUUGGCAAAAUCCACUUAAGUGUUAGUGUGGCACUACUCCUGCACAAUGGAGGAUUUGUUGUGUUUGGGUGAUGUUGAUGGCCAAGGUGUAGCUGGGGUUAAAGUUGAGCGUAAGGAGGAGAGCAGGGAGGUGGAAGUGACCCCAGAGGUAGUUGAUAAAUUAAUCAGUACCAAUGCUCAGUUAUCCCAAGCAGUGGCACAACUGUGUAAUAAGUUUGACCAAAUGGGGCACAUGCAAAACAUGGUGUGGUCACGUCCUGUCCCCACUAUUGGAAAAUUCUCUGGUAGGGUACGGAGGGCCAGUGAGUUGGAUGACUGGGUAGAGGAUGCCACAGAGAAAAUAAAGCAGCUGGGAUUACAGGGCUCUGAGGGAGUGUCAUACCUGUGUGGGUUCUUGGAAGGCCCAGCCCGUCGAAGGGUCCGCAACAGUACUGUGAAGACUGUGUCUGACCUUUUUGAUUGUUUGAGGUCUGCUUUUGGAUCAGAACUGAAUUAUACAGACUUAGAAAAACAGCUGCAUGCUCGGGUUCAACAGCCAGGUGAAGGAGUGUGGGAAUUUGCUGAUUCUCUGGCUGUUAUUGUGGAUAAAAUGUACAAAGUGAGAGACAAGGGAGAUAAAGAACGGCAAUGGCUGCUAACUACAUGGUUCUGUAGGAAUUUGAGAGACAGAAAAGUAGGAGUGAAGUUGGGAAAAUGGUGGGAAAAGCACCAGCCUGUGAAGUGGGAGGACAUGGUUCAGCGAGCAGCAGACCAAGUGAGUGAGGCUGAGCGGAUUGUGAAGGAAGAAGCAGAGUUAGUGAGUGGGAAAAAGCCAGAGAGAGUUGUGAGGAGUACCCUUUCUUCACCAUCUUGCUCCUUGUGUGGACAACAUGGACACUUGGGAUAUCAGUGUGAACGGUUCAAGGAGUUGGUGUCCAAGACAGCGGGAAAACGGGAGUCCUUGAGAACAAGGGGCCAGCUCUCAAGGCCUGACGACAGGGCCCCCACUACAGCUCAGAUAAGGAGUGUGACUAAUGUGACCGAGGAACGGAAUGAUGUAAAAAGAGGGAAAGUUAAGUUGUUUGGAAAGACUCUGAGGAUAGAUGCGUUGGUGAAUGGUAUACCUGUAAGUGCUAUGGCUGAUUCUGGUGCUGAGGUCAGUCUGGUGACAGAGGAAUGGUACAAACAGCACCUCCUCCCCAAGCAAGCUGUGAUCUAUGGGAUGGACAUUCGGAUUACAGAUGCAAAUGGGAGGGAAAUUCCCUGUUUGGGCUAUGUGAAGGUGAAUGUGGAAAUUGAGGGAAAAAGUGUUAAAGACUGUGGACUUUUUGUGAAAGGUGGUGGUGGGGAGAGUGGUGUGGUGCAGGGCACUACAUUGCCAGUGUUGUUUGGGAUGAAUGUGUUGAAGGGAGCCGUGCACCUGGGGCUAACUGAGAAGUGGGGCAGGUGUGUCCGUGCCAUUGAGGCAAAAUUGAGGGUGACACAACAGCCUCUGGGGUUUGCUGUAAUUCAGCAGCAACAGGAUUUAGUAAUCCCGGCUGGUACCAGAAGAAUAAUGAGAGUGUUUGUGGAAAGUUUACAGGAAGUAGAUGUAGAUAGUGUGGUGUUGGAGCCCUUAGUGCCUGGUGAGGGCUACUGGGUGCCUGAAGGUUUGUGUAUAUUUCCCAGUUAUACCAGAGUGGUUAAGGGUGAAGGAUGGCUGUCAGUGGGUAACCUGGGACAAGCAGAUGUGCAAUUCAGGCCACAGUGGAAGGUAGCCAAAGUUUCUCAUGGAAGGGAGGUUACUGUGGGAAGAGCUCACACACACACAGUAGCUCAGACUGCACCUCCUUCAGUGGUUAAGGAGUUCAGGGACAGACUAGGGGUGCAGGUGGAUGAGAGUCAGCUUGAUUCAGCACAGUUGGAGAGACUGGAUGGAUUGAUCCAUGAGUACGGAGAUGUGUUUGCUGAAAACGAGCAGGAUUUGGGAUGUGCUACUGGAGUGGAGCAUGAAAUUCACCUCAAUAGUGCAGUGCCCAUUCGCCUUCCAUACAGACAUAUUCCUCCCCCAUGUAUCACUGAGGUUAAAGCUCAUGUAAAGGGACUGUUGGAACAGGGAGUGAUAGAGGAGAGUGUGAGCCCAUAUGCAGCCCCAAUAGUGAUGGUGAGGAAGAAAGAUGGUUCGCUGCGACUUUGUGUUGAUUAUCGAAGGCUGAACGAGGUGACAGUGAAAGAUGCCUUCCCAUUACCAAGGGUACAAGACACACUAGAUGCAUUAGCCGGGGCACAGUAUUUUUCUUCUUUUGAUUUAGCUGCAGGUUAUCAUCAGAUUCUUGUGCGGGCAGAAGACCGGCCCAAGACUGCUUUUGUAACACCAUUUGGCCAUUAUCAAUAUGUGCGCUGUCCUAUGGGGUUAUCCAAUAGCCCAGCAGCAUUCCAAAGGUUUAUGGAGUAUGUGUUUAGCGAUCAGGUUUUUGUGACUCUUUUGGUGUAUCUGGAUGAUUUGUUGGUGUUUGCUCGGAGUGUGGAUGAGCAUCUGGAUAGACUGGAGGGAAUGUUGAAGCUUUUGAGGAAACAUGGGCUGAAGUUGAAACCUUCCAAAUGCCACAUACUAAAGCCCCAGGUUAGGUACCUUGGAUUUAUCAUUUCUAAGGAGGGAAUUAAUACAGACCCAGAGAAAAUACGGGCUGUACAGGAGUGGCCAGUUCCGCGCACUGUUAGGGAGGUCAGGGCAUUUGUCGCAUUCUGCUCCUUUUACAGAAGGUUUGUGAAAAAUUUUGCGAAGGUGGCUGCUCCGUUGCAUGCUUUGAUGAGUGGUGAUUCUAAGGCAGCAGUGAGUGAUUAUUGGGGGAAGGAUGAGGCCAGAGCAUUUGCCUUGUUGAAAGAGAAGUUAAGUCAGGCUCCAGUGUUGAAAAGUGCAGAUUACAGCAAGCAGUUUGUGGUGGAGACAGAUGCUAGCUUUGAAGGACUGGGAGCAGUUUUAUCUCAGGAGCAUGAUGGGAGGUUGCAUCCGGUGGCUUUUGCAAGUAGAGGUCUCAGAAAGUCAGAGCGGAACAUGAGCAAUUACAGCUCUAGGAAGUUGGAGCUGUUGGCUCUGAAGUGGGCAGUGACAGAGCAGUUUAAGCACUAUCUGGUGGGUGGACAUUUUAUAGUGCUGAUGGAUAAUAAUCCAUUGGCACAUUUGAACUCUGCCAAGCUUGGGGCAGUGGAGAGUAGGUGGCUGGGUGACUUGGGAAGGUUUGAUUUUGAGGUGAAAUACCGGCCAGGGAAGGAGAAUGGUAACGCGGAUGGAUUGUCGAGGAGGCCCCAGGAAUUGAUUGAGGGAGGGGAGGAAGAGAAGGAGAUAUGGGAAACCAGUCCUAACACCUCGGUGAAAGGGGUGGCUGUGAUGCAGGUAUGGCGUGGUGCCAGUAAGGAGCAGCUUAGGGAUAUGCAACAGUCUUGUCCAGUUGUAGGGAAGUUGUGGAGACAAAUGAUUGUUAGAGUGAGGCCAGCAGAACUAAGGCAGUUGCUACAAGUAGAGGAGUUUAGGCAAUGGUGGAGAGUGAGAGGGUCCCUCAUUAUGAGGCAUGGGGUGAUCUACUGGCGUGGAAGGGAGACAGAUUCUAGGAAGUGGAAAGUGGUGUUGCCAGUGAAUCACAGACAAGAAGUGCUUAAAGCCGCUCAUGAUCAGUGGGGUCAUCAAGGGGUUGCUAGAACAACGUCACUAGUGAAGGAUAGGUUUGCUUGGCCAGGACUACAUGAAGCCAAUCAAAUCAUGAAGACAUCAAAUUGUAUGUGGCAAAGUGCAAAGUCUGUGUCAUGGGGAAGGAGGAGGGUGUGCGGGCCAAGACUAAGUUGGGUACGUUGGAAGCCAACCGCCCCUGGGAAGUGUUGGCUGUUGACUUCACUUUGCUGGAUCCGGCCAGGGAUGGCAAGGAAAAUGUAUUGGUGGUGA